GUAUGGUUGCUGUGGAAGAAAUGUACAGCCUACAGUAUACUUGAUCAUCAUUCAAGGUUAGGCAAGGCAGAAGUACAACUAUAGGCUACAUACAUUUCUGGCCUAACCAACUGUAUUGUAAAGGGUUCAUGGAUUUCUUAGAUUGAACUUGUUCUAAGCUUGAAAGGACACUCACAGAAGAAACUCAAUGGGUUUAUGGUAGAGAGUCAGGUGGACUUAGACCUCAUCUUAGUGGAUUUAUUUAUUUGUGACUGUUUCACGGCAUAUCAUCUAUAGGACCAACAAGAAUGUGGACCCCGACACACUGUAAAGUUACCAUACAUAAGGCUAAGAAUCUAGUUAGCUCAAGAGGUGGAAAAGGUGCGAUUGAUGCUUACGUGACCAUCCAACUCGGCAAGGAGAAGUACCAGACGUCCGUGGUUGACAAGUCGGAAUCACCAGUAUGGGACGAGGAGUGCGACUUGCCAGUGGUGAACCUCUACUCGUCCCUGAAUCUAAACGUUUUCAACCGGGUAAUGCUAGGCAUCGAUGAAUUCCUUGGGAAUGUCACAUUGAAUUUGUCUGAUUUCCCUGUUUAUGAGUGUGCAAAAAGCAGGUCGUAUAAUCUGCAGAAUAAGCCGGGAAAGAAGCCAUGGGGUUACCAUGGAGACUUGGAGGCCAGGGUCACAUUUGUCGUAUUGAACAAAAGUAAAAAUUCUGAUCAGCACCGGCGCAGCAGGACGUCAUCUGUUGAUCAUGUCAAACAGGUCGCAAGCAAUAUGGGUGGCAAACUGCACCGCACCCUGUCAGGCGGUAACUCGGUGCCGCCAGCCAGGAAACCACCCGAAGCUAUCGUAGAGCCAUUCAUUAGACAUGACUUCCAAAAUAUUCCGUACCAUGAUGACGAUGCAUUUGCCAGUGAUUCUCCUGCCAUGACAAUAUCGGGAUCAUUUUCAAAAAACAAUAACACGCAGAAGGAUUCAAACAAUGUGUUCACGAUAGCACCUCAGAAAGAAUGUCCGGCACCACGACAACCUUCCAGCUUCUUACAAGCGCUGUCUGCCUCGAAAAAGAAACAAAGUUCCGAGGAAACGGAUACGCUAUUACUUACCACUGAGACUGACGACCACGGGAAGGAGGGCCGUGAUGAUGGUGCUACUCCACUGCUGCAGGGUCUUAUGGGUGGGAAAGCGGACAUGGGAGGGUUAACGAUGUCAGUGAACGAGCUGAGUCUGACCUUGGGCGAGAGCAAGGUCAUGAUGAAACCGCCCACUCCGCCGGGGAAGCAGAAACAGUUCAAGAAAUGUCAAGAAGUACCUAAAAAUGAGCGUCGAUACACGAUAACGGGUGAUCUUCCGACAGUUGAUGCAUUCCAGUUGAUGUCUUGGGAGGAUUAUGAGAGGAAGACCAAGGAGGAGGAAAAGGUCGGCCUGGAGGUCCUUAGGAACGAGUGCAAGGAUUCCGAUAGGGAUGAACUCUUACGAAGGCUCCACGCAACUCAGUCGCAGUUUGGUCGCAGUGCUCACUACAUCCGCGACCUUGAGAACUACAUUGAUAUUCUCCUGCUGCGCGUCAUGGCAACAACGCCGAAAAUACUCCAGAAUCCUUACAACGGUCCAGGAGCUCAAUGAUGAGGAGAAAACAAGAUAUUAUAGGCCACACCAAUUUAUGUGAGAAAACAAGACAUUUUAGGCCACACCAAUUUAUGUGAGAAAACGACAUUUUAGGCCACACCAAUUUAUGUGAGAAAACAAGACAUUUUAGGCCACACCAAUUUAUGUGAGAAAACAAGAAAUUUUAGAUGCCAUUUACCGAAAGAUAGUGGUGUUGCGCAACUCUAGAUUACCCUCAGGGUCGGCCUUACCAAUGCUGAAGAAACUAUAGCCUACUAUGACACUGGCUGCCAAGGGGUGUGUGAUAUUACUGGUAGUGGUCACUACAGUUAAGUGACAUGAAGUCCCCAUGAGGUCAGUCAGGGACCUUUUGCCAGAUUUAUCUGAGAAACGUGUUAAAACAAAGAAAACUUUAGGAAAGUGACUUUCAACACAACAAAAUUAAUAAUUGGUGUGGCCUUAGGUUGAGGUUUAAGUUUGGGUUUACACAGAAGUGAACUGAAAAAUGAACAGUUCGUUUCCCAAGUGAAUAUGGUGAGGGAUUCAUGUGAAUUCUAUUUAAUAAUUGGUGUGGCCUUAGGUUGAGAUUUAAGUUUGGAUUUACAUAGAAGUGAACUGAAAAAUGAACAACUCGUUUCCCAAGUGAAUAUGGUGAGGGAUUUAUGUGAAUUCUAUGUAAACAGUACCUUACUAAUUAUGUAGUGGGAUUAUUUUAUAGAAUAUUUGUUAUAGGAUGAUUAGGAAUCCUACAUAGGGUGAUUCUACAGAUGUUCAGAUAUCAGAUUUUGCUCAAGUAAAAUUUUCUCGAUGUCUUCUGUCUUAUCAAAUCAGAAAUAUUGUCUAAAUAUCUUGAGUCAGGAAAUUAUUUUAUUCAUUCCAUGGACGUAUCAUUCUUUGGGCCAGUGGCAUCUUUUUAAAACGGACAUUCUAUAGGGACAACUAGGCCAGGAGGAUAGUGACCCUGCUGGCCACUAGGUGCUGCCACUUGUAGUAUUAUACUGAUACCAAUCUCUUAUAACGAUUUUCGGCUGUUUUGCGAGGCAGUUUCGGACAUAGCAUGUGAAUAUCAGGCAAACAUAUAGGUACACCCCAUUCUAGUGAAUUGUUUAAGGCAGUUCAAUGACAUUUCAGAAAGACUUUGAACCCAGCCAUGAAGACAGCCAAGUUGUUAUUAUAAUGAGUUUCUUGGUUUUCUUAGUAUGAUAUUAAGGUACUACAAGUUAAAUCAUUGAUAUUUUUGAUAUUUUAGGAUGGUAUGGUCUUGAUUUCAUGUUAAUUCCAAACAUAUCGUCAAGUCUUAGAUACAAUGAAACGCUAGUAUUUUUGCGUGAGUUUUAUUUUGGCGGAUUAAGAAUAACUUAGGUUUUGCAAAUAUAAAAGUUGGGAAAAAAUAUUCGUGAUUUGUUGAAAAACUAAAAGAAGGUUGAAAAUCCGCUGGAAUGAAAAUUGGAAUUUUUUUAUUUUUCCCAUUUGAAGACGCACGAAAAUUGCAUUUGUUUAAUGUGCCAUUUGACAUUUUCAUAUUAUAGGCCCUAUAUAUCGAUCAUGUGUCAAUGAACGCUAUUUGUAACAGAGAGCGUCUAAAAAUGUAUAUAAAAUUUUUUUUCAAUUGUGCCCUUAGGUAAGGCACAACACCAAAAAUUUGGGAUGAGAUAUGAUCAGCCUUUUGUGCUGUAUCAUCAUGAAAUUUUGGAAGAUACCAGAAAUUUUGAUGAGAAAUGCAGUGCAUGGACCCCUCUUUUUUUGGCUCCUUGGUCCACUACUGAAUAGCGUGGUCUGCAGCUCAGCUCAAUUUUGCCAAAAUGGCAUUAUGUUACCAAAAUGGUAUUAUGUUACAUUUUGCAUCUAUGCUCUUCAACUGUGUGUUGCAUUGAUGAUAUUUCAUGAUAGCGAUUUUCUUUAGCAUAAAAUCAAAUAUUCCAACUGCUGAUGUUUUUGGUUUGGUGCUGGGUGUGUGUGUUUAUUAAAGGGGUAUGCCGUUCGUAAUUACUGGUGGUCAAGAAAAUAGAAAUGCAGUUAUACACAAUGCCGUAGUGCAGUUAUUAUGCAUACAAAUUUGUUGAAACUUGGUAUUUAUGGAAUUUAUAUGUGUCUACACAACAGUGAUGCUUAAAUUUGUACUUGGUACAUAUUAAUGCGAUUAAAAAGUUUCAAAUUCAAUUACAAAUUUCGAAGUUUUAACGAACGGCGUAGGCCUUUAAUAAACCCUUCCUUGAUUAGUUUGCGCCGGUGAUUUACUGUGUACUUAAAAACCUGAAGUAGAUUUUGGAUUAUAUUCAGCUGUAGAUGAAACCAAGAAUUAAUAAAGACUAGUCUUUAUGUAUUCUUGAUGAAACCUGUUGAUUCUAGAGGUUUUUUUGUAUAGUUCUACUGUAAAGUUCUACUGUAAAGUUCUACUGUAAAGUUCUACUGUAAAGUUCUACUGUAAAGUUCUACUGUAAAGUUCUACUAUAAAGUUCUACUGUAACAUUCUACUGUAAUGUUCCACUGUAAAGUUCCACUGUAAAGUUCCACUGUGAAGUUCUACUGUGAAGGUCUACUGUAAAGUACUACUGUGAAGUUCUACUGUGAAGUAGUAUUUUUAACCCUGAGUCCAGAUUGCUGGGCGGGGUAGUCAAUAGAGAAAGUAUGUUGGCUGGUAACCCGUUUUCAUAUGUUCAAAGCACAAUAAAAAGUUAGUGAAAGGGCAAGUACGUCUGCUCCUGUCAAGGUAUGAUGUGAACUGACGUUGUCGUCAGAGAAGAAUCUGUUCAAUGCAUGGGUUUCUUGUAGGCUGGCGUCAGUCUUUCAUAGACAUGACGUCUGGGUGGGAUGUGACAUGGAUGUGAUGUCAGUCUGUCGUGAUGUGUCUUCCCUCUAAAAUGUGGUUGGUUGGGAGGUUGUACACAAGGCAGCUGGUUGCUAGCCUGUGCCCCUGUGAAAAAUGCCUGGUUUCGGCAUCCAGAACAUUAUCAUGUUCACAUACUAUUACAUGUACAUCAGUGUACUUGAAAACAUGUCAAUCUGAGCAAACAUGCUUUCUUAUGACAGGACUCUGUGGUGGUAUUGCAUGUCUUUUAUGUAUAAGGGAUCCUUCUUCACUUUUCCUGGGGCAAAUGCUUGCAGUACAUGUCAAUUCCUUACAAAACUCCAACAAUGUUUGAGUAACGAGUGCCACACCAAAAUGCUUAUUUCUUUUCCUAAGUUUUGUUGGGACUCCUUUGCUCAAACAUUGUCAAAUAGGUAUUUCCUUUGUACAAAAUGGUUUUGUAUAGUCUAGCUGUUAACAGUGACACAAUAUGUGCUGAAUGAGUGUCAUUUCUGACGAGUUAAAAUGAUGUUUGGAAAUUAAGUGCCAUAUAUAUGCGCUCAUUAGAGGUAAAACCAUAGCUUCUUGGAGAGAGGCACCUUGAAAAAUAUCUGUCGUGAAAGGAGGGUGCACACCUCAUGCACCAAUCCUGAAUCUGCCACUGUUGAAGUGGCGCUGACGUUACAAUUAUAAUGCUCACCCAAGACUCGUGUUUAGUCUUGCCACAAAUCCGGACUAGAAACUUAUGCUCGCCCUAGAUACUAGGCAGCUCAUAAGUUAUGUGAAUAAAAACAAAUUAUUAUAAUGUGGAUGUUUUAUAGUUACCAAAUCGCCCAAGACUUAUUUUGUCAUUUUUUGUCCAGGUUUUUAGAAUGCAUGCUUUCUAUACAGGUAGUGUUAGUAUGUCUAGUUUUUGUUUUGAACUGUAGAUGGUUGUCCAUGUACUGCAGAGCAGAGUUUUACCUCAAAGUUUCAUGCAUUAUGUCAUAUUACCAGGUGAGAACUGAUUAAUUUAGUAAAUGUACCAAUGAGCGCACAUUUUAGAGUUGAAAGAGCUUUUAUUUCAUAUCUCAUGAGUCAAUUGCUGUCCACAGCAUACUGUUUGGGGUAGUCAGCGGGAUUAAAUUUGGCAUUGGCGAUGUUGACUCGAAUUUUGCAAAAAGACCAUGCAAAUAUAUAAGUGAUUUUACAGUAAAAAGAGCACAACAGGCUGGAGAUGGAAAAAAAACUUUGGCUCAUGAGUGUUUUAGACUAUGAGCCUAAAUUAUCAUUUUUUUAAUCGUGGCAAAAGUGUCCCUCUGCACUUUAAAUGUUCUGGAGAUCUUGUGCUAUCAGUAUUGUGUUAUACUUUGCCAUCACUUACUGUGUUAACGUGCUUAAGCCAGUAGAGGACCAUCUCUUACCUAUUAUAGGUAACUAGGCCUAUUGUACAGGCCUAUGGCUUAAACACGUCAAUACAGUAUUUUUGUUACUCAUCAUAUCUUUUUGUAAUGUGCAUGUUGUGAUAGUUGUCUUAAUUUUCUAUAUGAUUUUAGAAAAAUGGCGGUCUGUUUAUAUCGUAGAUUGGUUCUUGAUCAUUUCUCACGAGGGCGUAUCAAGCUAUCAAUACCUAACUGGGGAUACGUUAGAUCGGGUCUAAAAUUUGGCCAGUGUGAACACGUACAUCAUUUUCGUGUUUAUCUAGAGCCAGAAAGGUAGGGAUCCGGAACAGGUGGUGAUUUUCGACAACGUCACGUUUUUCUUGUCCCCAGUUACGCUACCAGGGACAGACAUUGCUUGAAAUGUACGCAAUGUAUUUCAAGACCACUCAUUUAUGAAGACCUUGGGGAUUUUUUUCGCCUAUCAUAUAGUCUAUAUAUCAUUUAUUCAUCUGAAAAUUGCGUGCUAUGUCAUCAGAAGAAAGGGUUAAAAUCCACCGUGAAAGAAAUUCCGGAUGUAAAGAUGCACAGAGCAAUUCUGUGCCGUUGGAAUGUUGCAAUGUCGAAGUGAUUCCGUGCAUCAUAGUUUCUUGCCAGUACUAAUUUGAGGGCAUUGGGGACUUUUCUGAUUUGUGGUGAAAUUGAUUUAAGGAAUUGAUACUGAAUUGGUGGUAUUGAUUGUCUCACCCAAAUCGCGAGGGUGGAGCUAAAAUGUAGACCAAAACCGGUUUUGGCCAAUAUUUUAGCUCCACCCGAGCGGUUUGGGUGAGACAAUCAAUACAGACAGUGAGGUAUCAAUUUCUAUUCUAAAACAUCUCAAAUCAAAUAUCGAAUGACGUGGUUUGAAAUGCUUCCACAUUUUGCACCAACCCAAGCGGUUUGGGUUGUCUUGCCCAAACCUCUGUGGGGAAAACGAGGCUGUAUACGUUAUCCAUUAUGAAAAUGAAAUAUUCUCACUAGGAUGUUUUAGAAUUAACCAUUGAAAUGCAUGUAAAUGCCUGUCUAAUAUAUUAUCGAAACUAUUGUUACAUUGUUGUAUAAUGUUAGUGGCCGUGCCAAUUUAGAAACUGAUUUAGACUUCAUACUUUGAUAUUUCUUACCCAUAGUUGGAAUAUCUUUUUCUGGUGCAUACCCGUAUUAUUUCUUCCAAUUGCAAUGAAGUAUUUUUGUUGUAUUUCUUGUGCUUUUUAACAUGGUUUGAUAAGGAAUGCGGCUAAAUUUAGAAACAGCGCAUAGUUCGUUUUCAAUGUUCGCUGAUUCUAGUAGUUCGCUAGUUGAUUUCAGCGAGUGAUAAUUGAUUUCAGCAGUGUCUAACAAGUGAUAAUUGUUGCAGGUUGCUGUGACGAAAUUCACUACUUUGCCGGGCACUUCCCGUGAAAUGUGCAUGGUUUAAUCUAAUCUAUGCUUGGUUUCAAAUAUUGAUUAAUCCAACGUAUACUUGGUUUCAGGGAUGGUUUAAUCUAAUCUAUACUGGUUUUAAGUAUGAAUUGGUUUCAAGUAUGGAUUAAUCUAUAAAUCUAUACUUGGUUUCAGGUAUGGAUUAAUGUAGUCUAUACUUGGUUUAAUCUAAUCUAUACUGGUUUUAAGUAUGAAUUGGUUUCAGUUAUAUAGAUUAAUCUAAUCUAUACUUGGACUUCACAUUGGAAAUUCCAUCAUUCACAGAAGUAAGAAGAGUGACGUAUCACAUUUUGAACCAUAAAUAGUGGCUAUUUUGACUCCAGGUGUACCAGAAAUUCGGGCGAAUAAGCCACUGUUUGCGGUAUUAGACCUAUGUACACAUGUACAGGAAAUAAUU